UGCCAUGGGGUGUGGAUGGGAAAGCCAGUGAAACAAGACCAGAGCAAGUCACUGGCCAGCUCAGACGUGUUUGUGUUUCUCUUUUCUUAGCUCAGUGAGUAUUGGGUAUGUGUCACACUGCCAAAAAUCCGAUCACAAGUCUCCGUGAACUGGCGGUGAGCUGGUAUAAUAAAAUCCCUGACAUCACCAUUCCAGAAGCUUCACAAGACUGCGUAUAUAAGAGGCUGGCUGUAGCUGCAGCUGAAGGAGCUGACCAGCCAGCUGAUCCCCACACUCACUUAGCCACCAUGGACAUCGCCAUUCACCAUCCCUGGAUCCGACGCCCAUUCUUUCCUUUUCACUCCCCGAGCCGCCUCUUUGAUCAGUUCUUCGGAGAGCACCUGUUGGAGUCUGAUCUCUUCCCAACUUCUACUUCCCUGAGCCCCUUCUACCUUCGACCAUCGUCCUUUCUGCGGGCACCCAGCUGGAUCGAUACUGGGCUCUCAGAGAUGCACCUGGAGAAGGACAGGUUCUCUGUCAACCUGGAUGUGAAACACUUCUCCCCAGAAGAACUCAAGGUCAAGGUUCUGGGAGAUGUGAUUGAGGUGCAUGGCAAACACGAAGAACGCCAGGAUGAGCAUGGCUUCGUCUCUCGGGAGUUCCACAGGAAAUACCGGGUUCCGGCUGAUGUGGACCCUCUUGCUAUUACUUCAUCCCUGUCAUCUGAUGGGGUCCUUACUGUGAAUGGACCAAGGAAACAGGCCCCUUGCCCUGAGCGCACCAUUCCUAUCACCCGUGAAGAGAAACCUGCUAUCGCUGCAGCUGCCAGGAAAUAGAUGCCCUUUCUCUAAUUACAUUUUUUAAAACAAGAAAGCUUCCCCACACUGAAUGAAAACCUUGUGACUAGUACUAAAGCAUUAAUGCUAAGGGCAGGCCCAAGUUAUUAAGCUAAUAAAGUAUCACUCAGCAACAGAUAA